UUGGUCUGUCGCAUGAAGCACGGCGAGUUUCUAAUCUUUUGAAAAAGAUCUAUCUUGCGUUGAUUCAACCCGGACAGGUCGUCCUUUUUUUUUUUAAAAAAAAAAGAAUGUUUAGUUACUUUUUAAAACUCGGCGCACAGGGGCUUCUCAACACACAACGCUAACUAACAUCAUCCUGUGUGCAUUUGUUGUGGUCGGCAUGUGAGCAAACAAUUUACCUAUUUGCACUCCCAGGAAACAGGAGCAGGACCACACCAUUGGAGUCCUGUGUCUGGGCUGAUGAUUCUACCCAAGAUGGCGGCAGCCUCAUCCAUCCAGCCGCCGAGCGUUCACUCUUCUUUAGCCCGGGAGAGCGCACUUUCCCCGGACAUGGACAGCCCCGAGAGCCGGCAGCCAGAGGAUGAAGAGGCGGCGGCAGCGCAGCCCUCCGAGCCGGGGAUUAGCCUCCGCGACCUGCCGGACCUGGAGCCGGAGGAGAUCGAGAGGAGGCUGGCCAAAACUCGCCAGGAGCUGAGCAACAGGAGGAAAAUCCUCAUUAAGAACCUGCCGCCUGAUACAACUAACCAGGAAGUCCAUGAAAUUCUGAAAGAAUAUGAACUGAAGUACUGCUUUGUGGACCGCAACAAAGGCACAGCCUUUGUGACUUUGCUGAACGGGGACCAGGCUCAGGAUGCCAUCCGCUCCCUCCAUCACAGCACUAUCCGGGGACGCUUGAUCAACGUCACCCUGCAGCCCACCGACUCCCUGCUCUGCCUCACCAACCUGCCCCACACCUUCACUGCCCAGCAGUUUGAGGAGCUGGUGCGCUCCUAUGGAAACAUUGAGCGCUCCUUCUUGGUGUACAGCGAGCUGACGGGCCACUCCAAAGGAUAUGGGUUUGUUGAAUACAUGAAGAAGGACUCUGCUUCGCGGGCCCGCUCUGAGCUGCUGGGCCGACCACUGGGCGAUCGCUCACUGAUGGUGCAGUGGAUGGACGUCAACCAGCUGAGCCAGGAGGAGAACCUGCACUCUAAGUGUCUGUGUGUGGACCGACUGCCGCUGGAUCUCUGUGACUCUGAAGAACUGACCCAGCUCUUCUCUGAAACCUACAAGCCUGUCUUCUGCCAGCUUGCUCAGGAUGAGGGAAGCCCAGUCCGGGGCUUCGGUGUGGUGGAGUAUGAGAGCGCAGAGCAGGCAGAGGCUGUGCUGAUAGAGAUGGACCGAACACUGGUGGGAGGACAGGAGGUCCGUCUGUCACUCUGUACCCCUGGCACCUCAGGGAGAAGCACCCUGGCAGCGCUCAUCGCCGCCCAGGGUAUGAUUCUGAGCAAUAGGAAAGGUUUGCUACCAGAACCAAACCUGGCCCAGUUGUUGACCAGUAUGACCAACCCUGCUGCCCUGCAGAUCCUCAUGAGACCGUACCACUCUGGGAAGAGAGGAGGGAAGUACGGGCGUCACGCCAGCCUGCCGUUCCUCAGACCUCCUCUCACCACGGCUCUGCUCACACUGGGAAAAGCACACCAGAGUGCUAUGCUUGGCAAUGGACUGGUCCUCCAGAACCUUUUACAUAUGCAGCUCGCACAGCAACAGCUUCUUCACAUCAAAGACAAACGCAUCAGUAAUGUCUCUAGUCUGCUCGGGGACCCGUCCAGGCUGCUGAUGCAGAAAGCUUUGUCUCUGCGGCCUCCAGGCCUCGUGCCGCUGGGGAAAGGCCUCCUGGGAGACUCCCCUACAGAGUUGGGCCAGGAGUCAGUGCCAGCAUCUACCCACAAUGCCACAGUGGUGGUAUCAGCACCAGGUGUGAUGCCGUACCUUCAGGGUCGAGCUGGAGAACAAAUCAACACCCAUUCUAUCUCCACAACCCCUUCUGCUUCCUCCUCCUCUUCCUCCUCUUCUUCCUCCUCCUCCACCUCCUGUGACAGACAGCCUGCUCCUCCUGGGACGAUGGUGAGCUCCCAGCUGCAGGGACAGAGCUAUUCCUUGGGCAUAAGUAACUCAGGCCUUGGUCCACCUCCACCUAAACCCCCUGGAGGAGUUUAUACAUCAACAGGCCAGCACAGCAGUGCAGAUGGCUGCCCCCUGGCUAGCAUGGUAAGCAGUGGUCAGAGUUCUCUGUUGGGUGAUCCUCCUAAAGAGGUCAGACUGCCCUCUAAUCCUUACCUGAACCUGGCCAGUGUAAUGCCAGGGGUGGUUCUGCAAGGGUCAGUGGGGAGUAAAGCCCAGGGAGGACAGCCUGGCUCUGGGGUGUAUAGCAGCUCUGUUGCUCCUGUGGUCUCCCAGGGCUCUGGCUCCUUCUCCCACAGCGCUGCAGCUACAACAACUGCUCCAUACAGCACUGAUACCUCCACUGACUACAGCCAAUACAACCAGGCCUACACACAGGAGGCCAUGCAGCAGUGGUAUCAGCACUACCAAGCAGCACAAGCUCACAGCUACAGCACUGCCGCUCCACAGGAUGGCUCCGCCACAGACUACAGCAAGGAGCACACACAGGCUCCACCAGUGUCCUCCUAUGGCGAUUACAGUUCCUACAUGCAAGCGGUCUCUCAGUACUACUCCCAACCUGCAACAGCCAGCCAGGCUUACGCCAGCAAGGAGGUAGAUGUGUGUAAGCCUCUAGGAGUCUCUCUGCAUGCAGUCAGUAACGGCGCGGCUCCUCCACCUGCCGUCUUACCAGCUGCUGCUGUGCUCCCAGCCUACAGCACCCUGCCAUUAAUGCCUGGCUUCCUCGGGGCGCCACACCCGGCGGCAGCCACUCCAAGCACUGUCACACACACACACACUGCCGCCACGGACUGGAACACCUACUACUAUAACCAGACUAGGGGCCAUAAAAGGGAGUAUCCUCAGUUGGCGGUGCAGGAAGUGACAUCAUCAGAUGGUGCCUACAUCGGGCAGCACUCCCAGGGCCUGGGAGGUCAGUACGCCGACUACUUUAAGAGGAAGAGGCUCUAGUAUGAACCAAACCACCUUAAAGCCUAAAGCUUAUGGAGGGAGGCACAAACAGCAUCUGCUGAAUGUCACAGCUCCCUCUAGUGGCCUUUCUGUGGCUGCCAUUUUGCAUCCCUACAGUAGGUAUUGAGUUUAAUAGAAUUAGGGUUGCAAAUGGCUCAAGUUAAAGCAAGCCAUAGUGCUCUUUGAUCCUGGCACUUAUGUACACACUCACAGACACACACAUGCACAUACACACAUGUACUCAUACUUAACCACAAACAUGGUGUUGCUUUUGUCCUGUUCAAGCCUUAACUUUUAAGCUAUUGUUUCUCAGUCAGUGUCAACUGUACCUAACUAAUAUUAACUUGUAAUUUUUUUCUAAUAUAAUGUAAACUAAAGUAUAUUGUAUCUGUAUGUAUAAGCUGCUUUUGUAUUUCCAGCCAGGUGACCUGUCUGUCUGCUGAAACUUAGGACUGGUCUGACAGUCAGAUCUUUUCUUCUGUGUCUCCUUUUUCAAAAGACAAAAUGGUGUUGCACACUCAUGCUUUGAUUUGUCAGUUGAACUGACAUCUGUUUGUUCCUGCUUCAGUGUCUUUUCUCUUUUUGGUUUAUUGCCCGGGUUCUUCUUUUAUAUCUCCCCGCGGAGGAUUAGAGUGUGUGUGUGUGUGUGUGUGUGUGUGUGUGUGUGUGUGUGUGUGUGUGUGUGUGUGUGUGUAUAUGUGUGUGUGUGUGUGUGUGUGUAUAUAUGUGUGUGUGUGUGUGUGUGUGUGUGUGUGUUUGCUUGCUUGCUUGCUGAUAUGCUGUAUCUGUAGGAAGUGUCAGCCAUUUCAAUCCCAAGGAUGGGAGCACAUCAGGAAAAAAAAAAGGGCCUGAACAAAUCAAAGCCCUUAAAUGUGGUGACUUACAGAAGCUUCCCUCAAUGGAUGGACCUUUCUUAUAAAGACUGGACAGAAAAUAAAAGGCUUGUGUAUAUACAGUGUGUAAUACAGAAUAUAUAAAGCCAUGCGUAACAGACAAUAUCCAAUAUAAUGGACAUUUCCCAUCUCUUUUCUUAGUGUAUUGUACUACAUGAAUGAAAGGAAAAUAUUUACUUACUACUUUUUUUUCCAAUCUAUACUGUUAUAUAUUUGUAAUAUAAUAUAAUAAUCCGAGGCAAUUCAAGGCGUUUUAUUGACAUUGAAUCAACUGGUUGACUUAAAUGUAGUUAUUUGGUUUGGUUUUUAACAUUUAAGCCAAAUAUUAUUGCACACCCCUCUCCUGUCUUCUUCUCUCCUCUUCUCCUUCUAUUCUAGGUAGUGUUUCAGGAAGAGCUUUUUGUUCUGUAACAGGAGCUUAACUUCCAUUUUCAGCUGCCAUUAGGACAUAAAGGUCUCUGACUGUAUAUGUGUCCCAAGUCCAUACUACAUACUCAAGUCAAGCAUGUUUUGAGUAUGUAGUGUUUUCGCACUGCAAAAGUCACAAACAAAAGCAUGGUCAAAUAGGAGGUAACACACAUUUUUCCAAGAGCAUCUCAGAAAGAAAGCUUUACAUUUUGUGAAAGCAUUUAGCUUAAUUGAUAGUAGUAUUCCAAAGUCACAGUUUGAUGGCAUUUACACACGUAUUGCAUAAUUUCUUGUUGUUAUAAAAUGGUUGAUUUGUUGUAUACAAAUUGCGAAAAGCAGUACUCUAUAAAGAUUACUGUAGUUUAUACAGUGUAACAUUAGUAUGUAGUGUGGGAUUGGGACACAGUCUGGAUCAUUUCAGGAAUUUCAGAAUCAGACUUUUUAUCAUGUUACAUCACCGGAUGCUCCUACAGUGUAAGAUGCCUCUGUGCAUGUGUUUUUCAAGGGCACUGGUAGAAUAUCCAUAUCUUAUAGGUUUUUAGGGCAAAAAACAAACUAUUAAUAGUUUUUUUUUUUCCAUUGGAUUUUACAGAGGAUCAGGAAAAAAAACAUCUUAAUAUUAUUGUUUGCAGAAAACAUGUAUGUCUUUUGUUUUUAACUAUUUUGGCUGUUUUUCCAAUCCCAUUUUUACUACUGCCGUUAUUAAUGGUAGUGCGCAGGCUGUGAGCUGAAAUAUCCUUCAUGUCCAGAAGGAUUGUUUGAUGCUCAUUACCAUGGAGAGGGCUUGGUGUUUUAAAAUUAUAGUUUGGACAUUUGGUUUGCAAUGUGUACAUGCCUCUUGUCUAAUGAAAUGGCAAUAACUAAGGCUCCUACUACUGUAGAAAGUUGAAUGUAAAAUGUUUAUUUCAUAGUGUAAAGGUUUUGCCAUUCAUGCAGCAUUAUAUUCUCCUGCUUAACAGUAAUGGCUCAUACCUGUGUUUGGUAAAAGCGUUUUAUUUAUCGUCUUUUGCCCAUAAUUAUCUGAAUAUAUAUCACGGUAGCACAUAGUGCUACAGUGUACUACUCGCAUCACCAUGGCAACCAUGCUCACACACUGUGAAAACCAAAAGCAAGUGAGAUCAGAUAAAGAGCACACAUCACUGGGACAAUCGCUCGUUGUAAACAGGAUGUACAUGUUUGCGAGAGUUGAGUAUCAGUGGUUAUGUAGGAGUGGCGGUGUGCUCUUAUUAAAUACUGAUAAAAUGGCUUAACAAAAGGCAAUACUCCUUUGCUGUCUGUCCAUCCAGUUACAUGUUUUCUAACUCGCUCUCACUCUGAUGUGUUUCAUGGUCUCACGCUUCCAGCUUUUACUUUGUAGAAAUCCAUAUUUAACAUGUACAUUAACUGUAACACAUAUUGAAGCAUGGAUCCAUGAAAAAAUGUAUGGAGGAUUUUGACAAUGCAAAGAAAAAAGGUGGGGAGCUAUAAAACGCUAAAGAAAAAAAGUGACAACAUUUUAAAUUUGCACAAAUACAGGUAGAAAGAGGAAUGAUGAUCUAAGCCUUUUGUGUCA